AUGCACAUCAAUGUCGAGAAGCAGCAGGCGUCCCCGCCCCUCAUCGCACAUGCGAUGAGGGAGAAGAGCAAGAUUGGUAGCGAAGAGGAGGAGGCGCUUACUGCUAUGGUUCCGCAGCGUCGUUCGCAGCGCUGUUGCUGCUGCCGUUUUCACUUUGCUUACUUGCAACCCUGCUCACUCUCUCGUCUCUUCUCGAUGCUCCCUUUUCUGCUGUGCAAGCAGCACCGCUUCAACGUUUUCGUUUGCUGUCUGUGUCUUCGCUUUCUCCUCGAAGAGGUUGCUUCUCUCGACACACACACACACACAGAGAGAGAGAGAGAGAGAGAGAGAGACGCAAGCGUACACCAAGGAGGGCGACCGGCGAGGGGAGAUACCACGAAAAUGUCGGUGCGCAUGGAUGCCUCGCUCUACAGCGAUGUUGUUCGCAUUGAGCGUGGUGACUACCUACGCUUUCACUGCGAGCAGCUCUCCGCGGACGGCCGCGACACUCAGCGGUACUUUUUCGGCUGCUACUACCCUCGCUGGCACGGGUUCUACCUGGAGGAGGUGCGCUCCAUCAUUGGCAAUAUGGGUUACUGUGAGCUCAAGCACUUCCCGGCCUACCCGUUCGAUGUGUACCUCAAGCCUGCUGACGUCACGGCAGCGGCCGAUUCGUCGCAAAACUACGACGUGGACAGCGCGAACGUGACAACGUACAUCACAGACGACUUUCAGGUGAACAACAUCCUCGUACUUGGGCCACCGCAGAACCAGCGCGACGAUGCCGUGAAGCGGUUCAAGAUCGUCUCGGUGGAUGUGAGCCACCUCAAGACCAAGACGUUCUCUCUCGCCCCCGUGGCAAACCUCAACAGUAGCUCCAUUCAAAACCCCAACACGAUGCUAUCUACGUUGCGCGCACCGGGCGGAGAGCGGGUGCCGGUUCAGCUGGAGAGCUCAGUUCUGGACAUUCUGACACAGUUGCGAGAUGCCUACAUCGAUCAUGCCGGUGGCGGCAUUCCAGAGAUAGGCAUUAAGGCGAUGGGCCGGCCGUUCCGCAAGGUGAGUGACGACGGCCGGCGAUGGAUGACACGCGACGGCGUGCGCCAGCUUGUCCGUGGCUCCCGUGCGUUUGGCGCGCAUGCCGGCUGCUUAUCCGACACUCGCCACGCCCUUCAAACGAUUGAGGCGGUGGCAGGCACCAUCUUUCGCGCGUUUCCGCAUGAGGAGGCCACACACCCCGUCGCUCCAGGCGAGGAGGCGUGCGAGGAGCGGAUCGACUACGACGUUUUCAUGGACUACGUACGCGGUCACAUGAACUCAACCCGCAAGAAGGCCGUGCUCGAGGUAUUCCAGCGGCUGGACUACGACUCGGACGGCAACAUCACCAUCAAGGACAUUCAAGCUACUUUCAACGCACAGGAGCACCCCGUUGUCGUCAGUGACGCCAUCUUCACAGCGGAGAAGCUGCUGAAGGGCUUCCUCGCCAUCUGGGAUGAGAACCAGCGCCAUUUUGGACUCGUGCCGUACACCGAGUUCAUGGACUACUACAAUGGCCUCAGCGCUGUCAUCGAAGACGACGCUGUCUUCUUGGGUAUCCUUAAGACCACCUGGAAGGUGCCGAACUGGACAAUACAUUUCGUGUAG